AUGCGAUCUGCCGUUCUGCUUGCCCUCGUGGCGCCUGCCUGCGCCUCGCCCUCGCUCACGCCGCCUCGCCGACCGACGAGCCCCGCGCUGCGACCGCUCCCGCGCUCCUCCGCCGACUCCGUCCGCCGGCUGCGCGGCGGCGACGACGGGCCUGUCGCCGGGCUGCAGCGCGCCUACCUCGGGGUGCCUAUCGCGACGCGCAGCUGGCUCAGCGCGGUGCUCGGGCUUGCCGCCCUCUCGCAGGCCGGCCUGGUCUCGGAGGAGGCGCUGACGGUCGACGCCGCCGCCUUCUCCGGCCGGCUUCAGCUCUGGCGGCCGCUGACAGCGGCGGCCUUUGUCGGCGGCGUCGGGCCGCAGCUGCUACAGAAGCUGUACUACGGCAUCUCGAAGCGCGGGGGAUUCCGCUGGGAGCAACACGGAGCUCCGUUGGACGCGUUUUCAAGAUUAGCGUGUCAGAGCCUAAAUUAG